AUAGUAUUCAUAUAUUGAGAGCAGUUUCAUUCCACCUGUCCUCAUAAGCGCGUACAAUACUCUUUAAAUUCAACAAUUUCUACCCAAAACCUUCAAAAUUUCUCAUCACUUUCAUCUCUUCCUCUUAGCAAGAUGAACAACACCAACACCAAAAACCAAUCAUCCCCACCACCAUCUUCAUCAUCAUCAUCUCCUCCACCCGACAACCAUGGUCCUGAGAAUUGGGGCACUCACAUCAUGGGAACCCCCGCAGUACCAAGUAGCCACCCAGACAACAAAAAAGCUGCUUUACGAAGUGGUCCAAGCGAACAGCCUCAACAGGUUCAAUACUACCACCACCCGCCUCAUCCAUACGUGCAACACAGCCCUGUUGAGAAACCCAGCAAUAGUCCCAUGGAGUCAAUCCUCAACAUGUUCGAUUCAUGGAGCAAAAAGGCUGAAACCACCGCCCAUAACAUCUGGCACAACCUAAAAACUGGUCCAUCAGUGUCUUCAGCUGCACUGGGGAAGAUGAAUCUGACAGUGAAAGCGAUAUCAGAGGGUGGAUUUGAGUCUUUGUACAAGCAAACAUUCACAACCUAUCCAAACGAAAAGCUCAAGAAGAGCUUUGCUUGUUACCUUUCAACAUCAACAGGGCCUGUUGCAGGAACACUUUAUCUGUCUAAUAUCCAUGUAGCCUUUUGCAGCGAUCGCCCAUUGUGUUUCACUGCCCCCUCUGGCCAGGAAACUUGGAGCUACUACAAGGUAAUGGUGCCUUUGGGGAAGAUUGGAACAGUCAAUCCAGUGAUUAUGAGGGAGAACCCAUCAGAAAAGUAUAUCCAGAUUGUAACUGUUGAUGGGCAUGAUUUUUGGUUCAUGGGUUUUGUUAAUUUUGAUAAAGCAGUUACGAACCUCUCAGAAGGUAUCUCACAUUUUGUGGUGCCAGGAGUGGCCGUGCCACCCACUAGUUCUUGAACAGUGAUUUCUGUUGCUGGAUGAUCCCCCCUUCCCCCCCUUUCUUUCUGAUAUGAGUUUGUGGUUGUUUUAAUUUCUAGUUUUUGCAUUAUUAUGUUGUAUAUUUUUGUUUAAAUUUUUCAGUUUGUAGUUUGUGCGUUGGAUCAAUACUUGUUGUCUAAGAAUCAAAUAUGGCUCUAUCUGGGGAAGUUCAUUGUUUUUUUGCAAUAGUUUAAUAAACUAUGUUAACAAACACAUUGUUGGGUCUUCACACUUCAGUUUAAAUUAUUUUGACUUCAAAAUUGGUUAAACAAUGGAUUGGCUAGAAGACAGAGAGGCAGAGGGGAAAGGGCUGGUAGAUCAUGUGAAGUGUGUAUAUUGAAUAAGAGUUAAACUAUUUAUACAAUAAAUUUAUAUAAUACUACUUUUUUCAUUCAUCCUCCAUAUCACUACUUUAUUUCACACUUUCUUUUUUGUUCAUAUAUCUCUUGUAUUGUGUAAUUUUCAUACAGAUUUUUUGUAUAAGUUCUCCAUCUUUAUGAAUUAAAUUUCUCAUUAAGAAAAUUACUUCAUGAAUUAUUCCGCUGCCCAUCUUUGACAACUGGCGUACAAGAUAAUGAUCUAAAUAAAAGAAUAAGUAGUUCCAGAGACCAAGUAGGAAUCAAAAUGCGUUAAUUAGUAAAGUAGCUGACCUGGAACGUAUAGUAGAGUAGUUUUUCAUAUUUCAUAGCAGCUUCGUUCCGAGGUUUAGCCAUCUGAACCCAUUCCAACUAAAAAAUUUGCUGAGUUUGGUGUCAAGUGAUUUAAACUAGGCUCUUGUAGCAUUCAUCUAUCUAACGAGACUGAUUUUACACUUAGCAUAACUGAAGGCUUUCAUUCUCAAAUUUGUUAACUUUCUUCGAACACAGAUUUUGAUAUUCUCCCUCUCCAUCGUGGUUUCAUCUAGAAUAAAACAAUUUAAAAAUAGAUGGUGUGACCCAGUUUCUAGGUGCUGCCACUGAUAUUUGAGUCGUUGCAAGUUAAGUACUACGAGAAUUUUUAGUGCAUAUUUAGUUUCAUGGUGGGAAGCUCUAAAAUGCAUGUUUACAACGUAAAAGUAACUUUUUAUUGUGUUAACUGGAUUCAUUUUUAAGUAAAAUCAUCCAAGAUUCCUUAAAAUUGUUAGCAGAGAAGGACUCGUUUAUUGCGCAAAAACACUAAAAUACGACCAAAAUUGAGCUAGCUAGGCUGCCAAAUAGGAAAUAAUAAUAAUAGCAACAC